CGCGUCUGCCUGGUCCGCCUCUUGCCUCACUAGCCACUGGCCUCACUACACUAGCCCUACCAGUCGCGUGGUGGCCCUAGCUAGUGUGUGUGCGCGGCCGCGGCUCCUCAACCUCCACCCCUGGGCAGACUCGACCCUUCCCUCCCACUCCUCAGGACCGACCAAAAAACGAUGAACAGAACAACCUUCCUUGGGGCACGCCGUUCUAUGUCACCUGCACCGAAACUAUGAACUUAUAGACACAUCUAGCAGUGGUGGUGGUGGUGGUGGUAGUGGUGGUGGUGGUGAUGCGGUGGUGGUGGAAGUGGAGGACAGGAACACAACUGGAUGAGAACGAAAUAGAAAACGUGAGAGGGGAAAGCGAAGUAGAAGCUAAACAACUAUACGUCGAGGAGGGAUGAGAUAGAAAAGGAAUCUGUGAACGCAAAUAAAGAGAACGGUAACAAAUAAACAAAUACAAAGAAAUAAGUAUAAGAAAAGAAAAAGGAAAAGAAAAACUAAUUUAUUUAGACUCGUAGAAAAAAAAAACAGUACAUAAAAAAGAGAGGAAAAAUUCUUCGUUCAUUUAGACUCGAAGAAAAAAAUAAACUAAAUAAACAAAGGAAAACAAAGGGAAGAAAAUCUAUUCGUUCAUUUAGACUAAAAAAAAAAAAAAAAUAAAAGGUAAUCACAAUGAGGGAGAGGUGGUCAAGGCGCAUGUUGGUGGUGCUGGCAGUGGUGGUGGUAGUGGUGGUGCCCUCCUACGCCCAAGCAAACAGGAAUGGAUACACACGGCGGCAGAAUUAUCACCGCUAUAACGGACAAGGCGUCGUGAUGAGCAGAGGGAACUUCUGUCCCUACACGGUGAGCAAGAUGGUGUCCUGCAAGGUGCUCAACGGGACGGAGACAUACACAGGGCGCGUCGCUGUCGGCCAGAGGAGCAGAUUAAUGACGAUGACGCGGCCCCACUACUCCAUCACGUUCAGGGAGGUGCAGGAGACGGCGUACGGCUGCUGUCCAGGCUUCCACGGCGACAACUGUGAUAACAGAUGCUUCAACUGCACACAAAUCCAGCACCUCGAGUCUCGGGUCCGCACACUGGAGGCCAAAUUGCUGAGGUCGCCAUCUGUGUCACUCCCGCCCCUGCAGAACCCAGUGAUCCAGAUGGGCCUUCCAGACACCUCCCAUGUCCAGGACCAUCCCCUCAAUGGGAAGCGUGGGCGGGGACGCGGACGAGGCAGCAACAGAGGACGCAACAACAGGAAUUCCAGCAGACAUCGAGGGCGUGGAAGUGACAGGCGUGUCAGUGGGAGGCGUGGCGGGAAUGAAGUUCUCCCUGAAGAAACCUAUGAGGUGAGAGACUCCAGUCCAGAUCAGUGUUCCUGCCCUCCCGGACCUCAAGGCAUCCCUGGCAUCGAUGGCAUCCCUGGUGUCAAUGGUCAGGAUGGAAGCCCAGGGCCCCAAGGGCCCCCUGGACCACAAGGGCCAGCAGGACCACCAGGACUCCCUGGCUUGGUAACGAGUACUUCAGGUGACAGGCAGCAGGAUGGCCAACCCAACUACAUCCCUGGCUUACCUGGCCAGCCUGGUGCUCCCGGUGUGCCUGGCAUCCGUGGUGAGCCUGGUGUGGCGGGCAGGCCAGGGCCAGCGGGACUGCCAGGCCGCCCAGGCGAGCCAGGUCCCCCUGGACCUCAGGGACCCACAGGCCCACAAGGACUACCAGGAGUGGGCUUGCCAGGACCCAAGGGUGACCGUGGGCUGGACGGACUGCCUGGAGAAAGAGGUUCAAAUGGGCUGCCAGGGCCUGUGGGGCUGCAAGGAGCACCAGGACCCAAGGGUGACCCGGGGCUUAAUGGCAUUGCUGGCAACCAGGGCCUGCCUGGACCCAAGGGGGAGAUUGGCCCUCUGGGACCACCAGGACCAACUGGUAGACCAGGACAGCGAGGAGAUAUUGGCCCUGUAGGACCUCAAGGUGUCCCUGGUCCCCCUGGUCCCCCUGGACCUCCAGGACCAUCAGCACAUCAGGGAUCUGUGCCAUGGGGUCUGGGCAACUACUAUGAUGAAUACCCUGAGGCAGCAUAUCAGGGCAGCGGUGAUGGCCUUCAUAUUGAUGAUGAUGAAUAUCCACUUGAUGCUCCAGGCCUUCCCCUGCCUCGGGGUCGCCCGGGGCCGCCGGGACCCAAGGGUGCUAAAGGUGAGCCAGGAAGUCCAGGCAUCAGAGGGGACAGAGAGUCUGCUGGGAUCCAACAAGGCUCUCGAGAUGGGGACUUCCAGGGGGUCUCCAUUGGGGAGCUGCUCCAUACAGUUAAAAGUCUCCAAGAAAAAAUGAACUUGAUGGAUGCUCGAGUCAGCAUCCUGGAGGGUGAAGUUGCAAGGAUUUCUGGUCACACUGGUGGUGGGACGCAGCUGCAUGGCUACCCCGACUCACCGUACAACCCAACCGGAGAUGUGCCUGCCUCUACGACCAACUACAGCAGCCAGACUGAUGGCCUCUUGAGACGGGUGGACCGACUGAAUGGACUGGUUAAUUCUGCCCUGCCACCGAGAGGUAGAGAGCCCACAGUCUCUCUGCAACCCCAAGUGACCUAUUCCGAGGGGCUUGACAGGGGAGGAGCAGAGGACGACGACAGCAGCUCCUCCUCACUCCCAUCACCACCAGUGGCAGGGGAGGAGGUUGAGUUGCCAGCACCAGACACCUCAAGAGUGGAGGUGGGAACAACCACUCAGGACUCUUUGUAUGAGGAGGGCGAGGGCAACUAUGACUACAGAAACUAUUUGUAUGAGGACAGGUACGACUAUGGAGACUAUGGAGACAACAGAGACUCCAUUGAUUAUUACUAUGACUACGGCGGCAACACACGGAGGAAGAGACAACAUGUGGCUGCAAAUGAAGUGAAGGGAACACAGGAGUCUGCCAGAACACAAGGGAACUCUGAACACAUGGAACGGAGUGGCAAGAGACAGAAGCAGAGAACGUCAAGGAAACUAUCAAUGAAGAGAAGGAAAAGUGCACAGAAUGUAAUAGCAGAGACAGAUUCACAUGAGAGAGAAACUAUGCCACUCUCUCAUUCUCCUCAGUCCAGCACAGGUCAGCAGCAGGAAGAUCUGCAAGGCGACAGAGGAGAAAGGAGAUACAAUAAUAGGAGGAUAGAGAACCUUCACCCUCUUAAAGCAUUUGGUCUUCGGUACAGACGUGGCCUGGAUUACCUCCUGGGGAAAUCUAGCAAGGAGGAUGUCACUUGGAUAUAGUUAUUGCACUUAUAGCUUUUUUUUUAUAUACAUUUUCUCUGGUUGUAAAGAUCCAAAAGUGACCGACAAGAUGGAUCAGUAACAAUUGAUGUGAUAGAUAUUACAAUGCUUCAUACUGUGUUGUCUUGAACUUUCACACAGGCUUUGCUUUCAAAUGAUGCCUGAUUUUGUGCAUUCUGUUCUUAAGCCUCACUCAGCUCAUACAGGAUCCUUAUAAGUGAGCAUUUAGGGACCAACUGAGAGACAGCCACAGCAGCAGCUAUACAGGAUAGAAAUCUUGAGUGCCUUUAACAAUUUUGCUGUCUUCAGACACUUAGCUUAAGAAAAUAUGCAAGUAUGUUCAUAGUAGGUUUCUUUUUAUAGACUUUGCUUUGUUGUUAUUCUGAAGUAAAAUAAUGACUAUACUAGAUUUUGUCAUAACUUGUAUUUUGUUUAAAUGUUUUCCUUUUUAUUAUCAUUCUAAAAUCAUUCACUUUCACUGUUUUGUUGAUCCAGUAUCCCCUCAGGAGUGCCAAUGCAACACUGAGACACUGAACUUAAGAACAUAAGAAAUAAGGGAAGCUGCAAGAAGCCAUCAGGCAUACACGUGGCAGUCCCCAUUGAUCCGAAGGGCAGUCAUGGGAGGGCAUGGCUGGCCUUCAAACAUGGGGCAGGACAUUCACAAUAACAAGAAUUUGACAUGCCACCAGCCGCCAAUGAAGUCGAAAUGAUCAGUACUUGCAUGGGUCAAGGUUAUAUCAGACUGACCUGUUACUGUGUUAACCUUGCUACAUGUGAACCUGCCCACUUAAAUAUGCCAUGAGUUUGUCCACAAAGAAAAACGGAUAAUGAACUGAGAAAUAUGAGAUUGAAAGCAACCAGCCAUUACUUCACAGCCAUGGUCCAGGAUGUGUGGUGCUGCCUGAGCCAAGACACAACACUUAUUGCUUCAUUUAAAACAGACAUGAAUGGCUCUGUCAAGUUUAAGCAUUGCACAAUUCCAAAGGACCCUUAGCUGCUCUCCUGCACUAAUCAGGCAGUCAUCCUACAUUUCUAGUUUAUUUACAUGUUAGGGAGGAACUGUUUAGGGUAAAACUUCUACACUCUUUAGGGGAAUGCCACUUAACUUAAUUAGAUUAUAAGCUGUAAAUGCAAAUAACAUUCAUUCAUUCCUACUUUCUCAACUGUUUGUUAUUCCAUUUCAAGUAUAUUUUUAGGAUAUGUUUUCUAUUCCUGAUGCCUUAUGAGCUCUAGAGAAAAGGAAGUCUCAUCAAAAUUAUGCUGUCAAGUCUGCCACUAAUAAAAUAAUUGGUUGUAAAAA